AUGUCUCACGUUCACCAUGCCGGCUUGGUGAUGAGGCAUGCCCCCGUUCGCCGGGAUGUCGUCCCUUCACAUCGCCUACCAUUCCUUGUUCCUAGUACCACACCUUUAGCUACAAUACCCUCUCUGGUGGCUCGAGCUCCCGAAAGUUCAGCGUCUGGCUCGACAGAUGGUGUCAAGCCGACCAGCAAUCUGACUACGACGGUCUUGCCCGUUGUGCUUGGCGCUGGUCUUCCUAUCCUGUGUGCUAUUGUCGUUUUGAUAGUGCUGCACCGAAGACAUGUCCAGAAACUGAUGCGGGAAGAUGCAAACGACAAGCAUAAAUCCCUCGACUUCGGAAUGGAUACCGUUGGACCAGCUACACAGAGGCGAGGCCCUGGAGCCAUGCCCCCAAUGUCAGAACCCACUCAUACCAAGGGCCUGUCUCUCGACGUCGGUCCUUAUCUGAUCCCCCCGGGCAUGAAGAGCUCCAGGGACUCUUUGAACUCCAUCUCUCGCUCAAUAGACGAUGACAAGUACCGCCAAGCCACAAUUGUGGGUGACAAUGGCUCCAUCCAGUCAUUCCCUAGGGGAUAUCGUGAUGAUGCUUCGAGCUUUGGUGGUUCGCCCACCCGAUACGGGGCGGCCGAUGAGCCUGAGUCAGGUCUUCUCAAGAAUGCACAGAGGAUGUCUCGCUCAUCUCCGCCUAUGUACAGCUCCCCCACUGAAUCUCACAGAGGGAGCCCCGUGAAUCAGCGCAAGGACUUCCUGGGACCAGUUCCCGGUGUGACACCCCCGGCUCCUGUUGCGCAGGAACACAGCAUGGCGCCUGCAAGUCCCCCAACUGACCGGGGUUUCGCAUCCCCGCCUCCUUUGCCUCACCUAGAUUCGACCCCGAGUCUCCAUUUCGGAUUCGAGACCGAAAUCAAUCAUGUCAAUGCUCCCGCAGAACACCUGAACUUCCCUCUGCCGGAGACGUCGCAACCGCAUGAGCCUGAUCACGACCAGACGGCCUCGCAUCUUCCUCGUAUUUCCCUCCCGGCCAGCGAUAUUACCAGUAGUGACUAUGGUGACGAUCGCAAGUCGGAGCUCAUGAUUCCUCCCGUCAACGUCCAUGCCGCGGACGGACAUGAUAUCCCAAGCCAUGAAAAGCGCCCUGAGCUUCCAGAGGAGCCUCAAUCUCUGGACAAGCCAUAUGAUGAACACCGCGACACUCGCCGGAUGACUCUCGGUUUGCGCCCGCUGCCCCCUGAAGACCCUGCCGACAACCCUGAGCAGCGUGCCAACCGGAUUCGCUCCUUCUACAAGGAGUACUUCGACGAGAGCAAGACCGGCCGUGAGACCACAUAUUAUGAAGAUUUCGGGCCUGAGUUCUAUGAGGAUGGUGGUUUCGUUUAUGACCCGGUCACUGGUGACUACUUUGAUGCCGCCGCGCCGGCUCCCUUUGCUGAGCCAGUGACCCGUCGUGCUAUGACGCCGCCGCCGCGUGCUCCUCCACGUUUCCAGGGUGCCGCCGCUCGUCACCAGGCCACGAACUCUGCUGGCUUCAAUGGCUUCCCUCCUGGCCCCCGUGGCUUCUCGUCUGCUUCCGGGCCCCGGGCGUUUUCCUCGGCUUCCGGGCGUAUGCCUGGUCCCAGAGCUCCCCGGAAGCCGAUGCCUCCCCCGGCACCGCUUCAAGUGCUUCCCACUCCUCAUAUGCUGAAAGACGACUCCUUCAUGUCCACGAUCGACUUUGCUCCCGCAAACAGCUUCCUCGACCAGCGUGCGGGUACACCCACUAAUGGCAUGCGACCUUAUAGUCCCGCUGUGCGUGCGCAUACCCCACUGGCCUCUGCAUUUGAUGAGCUUGCGGUCAUGCCCAGCCCCCACGCUCUGCGAAAGUCUGGAACGUAUACGAACUUGGACUUCGUACCCCCGCCCCGUUUCAAGAACGAGGGUGCCGCCAGUGACGCUGGCAGUAUCCGCAGUAACCGCACCGCUGUUUCCAAUACUCACAUGAACAAUAUCCGCAAUGGUAACUACCGCAUCAGUCGAUUGCCUCCCGACACGGUCGGCACCAAGGACGAUUUGAUGACCAGCUUGCGUCCGCACUGGGAUUUGACCACCAAAUAA